GAGCCUCAUAGCUAGUAAUUGUCUGAAGCUAGAUUUGAACAUAGGAAGAUGAGAUUUCCUUACUCCAAGCAGGACACUCCAUCCAGUGCAGCACUUAGCUACCUCUGUUUAUAUUUAUUGAUCUGUUUUUGUGACUGGUAUUUUUAUGUAUUGUCCUUUAGGCAGCAGUAUUUUUCCAUCAAGUUCCCAGCAAGUGCUCCAUUCAGAGGGGGUGAAAGGAGCUAUUCCAAGUAACACAUCGAUUUUCCUGAGAAAUCAACCUUGAGUAACAUCUUCACUUGGACACUAAAAUAGAGAGAAAUGCAGACAGAUAGAGCUCAUGAGUUGAUUAAGAUCCUGGGACAUGGUGGCAAUCCACCUGAAAAUAUCACUGAGAACUCUACAAAUAAUACAGACUGUGUCCCAGUUGUGGUCCCAGAAGAAGUGUUCUUCGUCAUUUCCAUCAUUGGAGUUUUGGAGAAUCUGCUGGUUCUCCUGGCUGUAAUCAAAAACAGAAAUCUCCAUUCCCCCAUGUAUUUUUUCAUUUGUAGUUUAGCUGUUUCAGACAUGUUGGGAAGCCUAUAUAAAAUCCUAGAGAACAUACUGAUUAUUUUCCGGAAUAUGGGCUAUCUCAAGCCUCGUGGAGAUUUUGAAACCAGAGCAGAUGAUGUUGUGGAUUCCCUAUUCAUCCUUUCAUUGCUUGGAUCCAUUUUCAGCUUAUCAGUGAUUGCUGUUGACCGCUACAUUACAAUUUUUCAUGCUCUGCAGUAUCACAGCAUCAUGACAAUGAGACGUGCUAUAAGCAUCCUAGCAGUGAUCUGGGCAUUUUGUACAGGAAGCGGGAUUACCAUGGUCAUUUUCUCCUAUCAUGUACCCACUGUCAUCUCCUUCACUUCACUGUUCCCUUUGAUGCUUGUUUUUAUUCUGUGUCUGUAUGUGCAUAUGUUCCUCCUGGCACGGUCCCACGCCAAGAAGAUUACUUCUUUGCCCUCAAGUAGAGUGCACCCAAGAGCCAACAUGAAAGGAGCCAUUACACUUACCAUCCUACUGGGCAUCUUUCUUUGCUGCUGGGCUCCCUUUGUCCUCCAUAUCCUCCUGGUGACAUUCUGCCCAAAUAAUCCUUACUGUGCCUGCUACCUGUCAGUCUUCCAGGUGAAUGGAAUGCUGAUUAUGUGUAAUGCUGUCAUUGACCCAAUGAUUUAUGCCUUCCGGAGCCCAGAACUGCGGAGUACUUUCAGGAAGAUGUUCUGCUGUUCUGGAUGCAAGUGUAAUUAUUAAUCUUUGAUCCAGAAGGAGCACAUAACUGAUUUCUACCUACCACUAAGUAGCUAAAAAGAAUCAUGAAUAAAAACCAAAAAGAAGGUCCAGAAGAAAGUCUCUUUUUUAACUGACAGCAUAUGGCAAUUUCUCUUAUCUUCAAGAAUACUGAGUGUCCACCAUUCCACAGUGACGGGUUCUUAAAUUGUUUUGAAUUUCCAAAAAUAAAGGAGCACACACUGACAUGUCUUCUUUGUCUGCUUACUAACACUAUUGGCCUUAAAAAUCCCUAAGCAGAAUAGCUCAUGCUUUGAAACCUGAAUUUUCAAACAAGAAAAUCUAUUUUAGGGACACUCUGGAUCCUGCUCCACAAAAGAAUCAAUAGAAGAAAAAAAUAUUUGUUUGAAUAAUACACUGAUGAUCAGGAUGCCUUUUUUAAGUCAAAACAGUCAAAGAAAAGGAAAAACAUCUUGGAAUGAGAAGUCUAUUUUUUUAUAUUUUACCCUGUAUUCUUAGACUUAAAGAAACUAAGACAGUAAACAAUGGUGAAAAAAGACAUCUUAUUAGGUAAUAAAAUUAGACACAUAAAAGAAAAACCCCCCAGUUAUUAAGAGAGAUUAAAAGAAAGCACAGCCAUUGAAGAAUUUACUAAAAAAUUCUAGCAUUUGACUAAGUAAUUUUAUUAGCCAAUUUUUUUUAAUAGUUGGAGGACCAGUUUCAAAGUGAAAGCCAUUUUGUAAUUGACAAAAGAACAUAGAAAAGUAAAUUAAAGGGCGGGAUAGAAAAAUGAAUUUUAAAAAAGACUCAAGGGGAAGGAAUAAGACAUCUGUAUUCACAUCAAGCCUAAGAAUGCAAAUUUGGAGGAACAAACAAUCCAAACCAAAUACUUUUCUUAUUUAUAAUAGCAUGUGAACAUUUUGGCACUAUGAGAUCACAUAUUUUAAAAGGGAAGACAUCUUAGAGGCCAUAAAUUUCAACAGUUUCACUUUACAGAAAAAGAAAUAGAGGCUUAGAAAGAUAAAGUUUCUUAUCUAGGAUCACAAAGAUAUAAUGAAAAUCUGAGAUUAUAUUUGAAGUCAGUUCUUCCAGAAUCUGAGUCCAGUGUUUUAUCUCCUUUGUCAUAUUGUCUCCCAUGUGUUAAUGUUUCUUGGAAGAAAGGAGGAAUUGCUACCAACGGAGUGAUCUACAAAGUAUUCAAAAGAUGAAAAGAAUCAAGAUUAUUACUAUGUUAUGGCAAGGGCUAAGGGAGUUUCUAUUUUAGUUGUUCUAGUGAAUGGAGGAGUUAGUAAAAGGUAGUAGAAGGUUUAUCAAAAGGAAGGGAAGUAAUACAGUCGAGGAGGGUAACAUUCAGAAAUAACAUAUUUCCAAAUGACUCAUAUUUCAAACUGGCUAUUUGAAUAAUAUGGGGAGUCACAAUAUAAGAAAAGGUUUUAUGACCUUUUUUUCUUUCAAAAGGUAGAAACAAUAAAUUUUAGAAAUAGACUAAACUAUAAUACCUUAUUUAUUCUGUAUUAAAAAGGCAUGAAAUAUUCCAUAUAAAUUAGAUUUCACAUAAAUUAUAUUUCACAUAACUAAAGCUUGCUCUUGUAAAUGUGAAAUUUUAGUUAAACAUUUUAAUAUGAAUUUUCAUAGAAUCACAAAAAUGUAAAUACAAAAGAAUCUUAAAGAAAAGGAAAGGAAACAAAUAUUUAUUGUCUACUAUGUGUCAGGCACUACACUACUUGCUUUACAAAUAUUAUUUCAUUUAUCUUUAAGAUAAAAUUCUUAGAUUAUUUCUUAAAGCUUCAGUGACAAUCUAAUUCAAUCAAUGCCACUAAGUAACCAUCCAACCUCCACCUGAAAAUUUCCAGCGAUAGAAAACACACCAUAUCCCUAGUGAUGCCUUGUUGCACUUUGGGAUAACCCAAUGUUAGGAUGUUUUCCUUUACAGAGAACCAAAGUCUGCCUUUCAACAAUGUCUACUCACAGUUGCUAGUUCUAGUUUUUGUGAUCAAACAGAGCAAAUCUAAUCCCUCUUUCUCAUGAUAGUACUUCAAAUAAUUGAAACCACAAUUCCAUUUGUAUAGUUUUCUGUAGCUUAAAAAACUUCAAGUUUUUCUAAUCCAUCCUCAUAAGACAUGAACUUGCAGCCCAUCAGCAUUUUAUUUAUCUUCCUCUGAAAGUUCUAAAUGUGGUUUUCUAAUACUUUGUAAAUGUGGCUCCCAAAACUGAAUACAAUAUCCAGAUGGGAUCUGACAGCUGUAGAGAAGAACAUUUCCCUUUCUUAAAGUAACCCAAAAUCAUUAGAUUCAAUUCACUUUUGUUUGCCUCAGUUUCCUCAUCUGUAAAAUGGGGAUAAUAAUAGAACCAAAUUCCCAGGGAUGUUGUUAGAAGCAAAUAAAAUAAUAAUUUUAAAGUGCUUAGCACAGCACCUGGCACAUAGUAAGUGCUAUAUAAAUAUUAACUGCUAUUAUCAUUAUUAUGUCAUAUUAAUGACUUAAACUGAGGAUCCAAUUCAUUAUACUCAAUCUCAUAGCUUUUUCAGAAUUCCUCUUUCAUUCUUGUAAAUAGAUUUUAAGCCAAAUAAAAAUAUAAAAUUUUAUAAUUUAUUCCUUUUGAUUUUUAACAUGUUAAAUUAGAUGCAAUAUUUUAUCUUGUGAAAUUCUUUUUUCUUGAUUCUGUUACCCAGAACAUUAACUUUUCUUUCCUACUUCUAUCAUAUGCAAAAAAUGAGAAGCAUGUCACCAAUACCUUUAUCCAAAUCACUGACAGAAAUGUUAAGUAGCACAAAGCCAAGUACUUAUUUUGGGGUGCUAUUUAGGUGCAUGAUGAUUCAUGUCUUUAUAUUAAAUAGGCUAUAUGCUUUGAGGGUUUUUAAAUUUUCUCUUUGUGUGUGUGUAUUAAAUUUCCUCCUUCACUGUCAGGCGAUCACUUCUUGCUACUAUUAAUGAGUGUCCCUUUAGUAGCUGCUAUUUCUCUUCCAAUUUGCUACUUCUAACUCCCUAUAUUUGGGAAAACAAAUCACUAAGCUUAUUAAAAUUGUCUCUAAAUAGGAUAAGAGGGAACCCAAGAGCUUUUGCAUAAAUAAAACUGAGUACUUGUAAUUUUGUUACCUCAGUUUGGACUAUUCAGAAUUGGGUUUUGCUUCAAUUUUUCUUUGCUCAAUUAUCUUUAACUAUAUCCUAAAAAUUUACAGUUGUGGAAUACAUAACCUCCAGAAGAGUAAUUGAUUACAUGUCUCCUCUGAACCUAGAAAAGCACUAAGUCAGCAUCCUUUCAAGCAUGGAGACAAGAAGCAUCUACUUCUAUACCAAUUCUUCCAUUCCUCAUUCCAGUCAGGGACAAACUUAUAUGGGCUACAAAUGUUUCAACUGUCACCACCAUUACAAUGCAAUGUUAAAAAGGAAAUCUGAAAAGUUAACAUACUUUUUGAAACUUUAAAGGGACACAUUUGCUAUUUCCCUUUGGAAUCAAUUCCCUCAGACCAAUUUAUAGAUGAACUAAAGUUUGGGAAAAUAAAAAAUAGGAGAUGGUGGAAGAAAAGAGGGGCAGCAUCAUGGCAGAAAAAAUAAAUUUAUUGGAGUUGAAAUUCAGGAAGUCUUGGAUUCAAAUCCUCCCUCUAAUAUUUAGUAUUUUGUGUCCAUAGGCAAGUCACUUAUUCUAAGUCUCAGGUUUCUCAUCUGUCAAAUGAAACAGUUGGAUUAGAUGGCCUCUAAGUUCCCCUAGGAUCCUAUGAAAUUCUCCCACAUACAAAUAAAUUCAUAUCCUGAUAAUGGCAGCCAUGAUUAUACAAAUUCAUGUCUUUGUUCUCUCCCUAUUCACCUUGAGGGAGAUUGACUCAACUUCCUUUGGUAUUUAACUUCUACUAGAGACUUGUUUGUAAUGGCAUUGUAAUGAAAAAUAUUAUUCAGUGAAAAAAAAGUUUUAUUUUUAAUUUAUGGAAUAAAAUAUGUACAUAAAAAGAUGAUUGUAUUAUAUACAACUUGCUGUUCCUUUAAAUAUAUAAUAAAGUUACUAUGUAAAUUUUUCUA